AUGUCAUCAUCCAAUCAACAAAAUCAAACAUUAGCGGCACUUGGUCUAAGUGGAAAUACUCGAGGCGCUCCAAAGACACUUGAGGUGUUUGCCUUAAACACCAAUGAUCCAUUCACCCAUCUUCAAUCCGCGCAAUUAUUACAACGUUCAGGCGCUGAUCCAAUUCUUUGGACUGGCACUGAACUAACUCGGUCAACUCCGGCUGGAAAUUUCCGUCUAUAUAAAGACGCGAGUAAUGUUUUUGGUAUUUGGGUGCCGAACUCGCAGGCUUUUUACUCCGAUGGCAUCCCACCAAACAUAUCUGCUCCGGAUAUUCUAUCUGGGCAGAUGGUUGGCGGGUCCCAUGCGGAUAGAACCGAGCCAGUUCGACACUACCCGGCAUACGGUCAUAGCUCUGACUAUCGACGUAAUGACAGAGUCUUCACAAACUCGAAUCAUCGAAAAAACAGAGCUACUCCGUAUAAUCGUCCAGCCGGGUAUAAACAAUACCAAUAUUCUAACACUCCAUCAGAACAAUAUAAUCGCUAUUCCCCUAGAAGUUAUAAUAAUUAUCAACGACAAAAUAUUGGUGAUGGAAGUGGAUACUAUGGCGGUGAUAACGGACCACAAUAUCAAGGUCAUGGCAACGGUGCUGAAAAUUAUUCAAGUGGUGGUGAAAGCGGAGUUCAUUAUUCUGGCGCUCAAUUUCUUAAUAACAACCUGCAAUGGACACAAAAUAAAGAAUGGCGUGGCCAGUGGUAUUAA